AUGAAUGUGAACGUGAACUUCCUGCCCCACCCCAUGGCUGGCCCCAUCACUCUGCAACUCGGUCUCCGGCAGGGUAUUCCUAACUCCAUUACCAAUCUGAGCAAUGCUGCAGUCGCGCGGCGUAUUCGCCAUCCGAAAUGGCCAGAAUACGUGAACCCCCUCGCCUGGGAUCAGGAGACUCUGAAGGCCUUGAUCGGAACCGUCGACACCGUUGAAAACGGAAGGUUUGAUGCCUUUAGACAUAUUCCCAAACGCGAGGAGUUGAAUGCUCUCAAGACCGAGAAUCUGGGGGUCCUUGAUGCGUUGUCCCUCGAGGUGGUGCAUUUGAUCAUUGAUCACAUGGACUUCAUAACUCUUGAACGAUUCUCUCGCACCUGUCGCUAUGCCCGCAUCGCUGCCAAUCACCACCCAACUUACAUCAUGAUGAUCAAGCAUUGCCCACAAAUUCGGAAUACCCUCGCUAUCACAGGAAUGGGAUACUGGACCAGUAUCCGCGACUUCAAGCUUGAAAUGCAGUACCCUUAUUGCCGUUCCUGCGGCUCUGAUGGUUCGUACAUCUACCUCCCAACCUGCGAACGCAUUUGCCCCAACUGCUGUGAUCUUAACAAGGACUACUGGUGCAUUACGAUCGAUGAUACCAAAACCGCAUUCGCCAUUGGCAACGAAGAACUCCAGCGUGUCCCCAUCGCCCGUGUCGUGCCUCGUACAUACCGAAACACCGCCUUCCCCAUGGGCAUGCAUUACCAAGAGUUCAUGGUCCCCGUUAAGUGCGCCUUCGAAGUCGCCGUCAAGCGCUGGGGCACCAUUGAGAACAUGCAACGCCAAGCCGAUGCCAUAUGCCCUGACUUCCACCCUGACGCGACCACCGCGGAAAUGGCAGAUGGAGAAAUAUUUCGCUACUUCCGCAGCGUUCAACCUCCAUUCGGGAGUAACCGCUCGCUGCUGCCAUUCACUCGCCGCCCGACCUAUGAGAAUUUCAAUCCGUUGGUCUGUGCCAUGGCCUCGCUGUUCCCCUACGUGCGGCGCCCUCAUCUAGAGCCCAACAAGCGCUACUUCUGCAAGGGAUGCGUGUGGGCCUGUGAGCGAAAGAAAAUGCCUUCGCCUGAUCUACUGGCCUACAUGGGCCUUCCUCUCGCGUCUUCCAACGAAGAUAUCACCACUCAUCUCGCUCUGAGCAUUCGUAUUCCCCGAACCUGGCCCCAAGCUAUCAUUCACUCUCUUGGCUGUAUUGGAUGUGGGUUGUUGAUGUGGGACGCUAGGGCCACUCGUCAAGAGAAGGCAGCUGUUCUUCCUUGA